AUGAUCCUGUAUUAUUGUGUUCUACCCAAAGCUUGUGAGGUAGCUCAACAAGCUACAGGCCAGCGAAUUCAGGCAAAGAUUGAUACGACUUAUCUGCCUGAAAACAUAUCCGGAGGCGUCGAGUGUAUGACCUUGGACGGAAAAAUUCGGGUCGUCAAUACUCUAGAAAGUCGCCUUAGUCAGAUUGCUGAACAAAUGAUGCCCGAUGUGCGGGAAAUCUUAUUCGGAAUCAAUCCGAACCGGAAAUUCCGCAAUUAG